UCUUUACUAGCUACCUUAAUCUUCUGUCACAGCAAAACAACAACUUUACCGAUUACCUAAAGAAUUUAGUCAGAACAUCCAACCAAACUAUGUUUUCUUUUUCCUCGUGGAGUAGAGGAUAAUGCUACUACUAGUAUAAUGGUAUAGUAUUUUCACGUUAGAGGAAAGAUUCAAACACUAAAAAACAAAAACCUCACUUCAAUGUGCCUUUCAAACAUCGAUAAUUCCAAAAAGUCAUCUCCCUUUUCACAUAUCUCCCCCACCUCCAUUACUACGCCCUUUCCUUCCUCACCACUCAUUUUUUUCUACUGCAAAUUCUUACAUUCUUGCCAUGUUCUUUUUCUGACAACAAACUCCAUAGCUAGCUCCUUCAAUUCUCUUUCUCAGUUUAGUGAUCAUGCUCCAGAGUCUACAAUUCUCUGUAUCUGCAUCUGCUUCUGCUUCUAAUUCAUCUUCUUCCAUGUCUUCUAAGCGCUCCAUUGUUGAUUUUACACCUGUUCCCUCCGAUGAAGAUCCUCUUCAUCUUACUAAACGACCUCGCAACAACGAAGAAGAGCAAUUCGAAGAAGGCGAAGACCAACUCCCUGUCGAUACUGACUCAGUUGGUCUUCGCCUUCUCGGAUUACUCCUCCAGUGCGCCGAGUGCGUCGCCAUGGAGAAUCUCGACGAUGCAGGUAAUUUAUUACCUGAAAUCGCCGAGCUUUCGUCCCCGUUCGGCUCUUCAGCCGAACGAGUCGCUGCUUACUUCGCCGAAGCUCUUUCGGCGAGAAUCAUCAGCUCACAUCUCCGUUUUUACUCUCCGCUCAACCUCAAAACCCUAACCCUAACACACUCCCAAAAGCUCUUCACCGCUCUUCAAUCGUAUAAUACGAUAAGUCCUCUCAUCAAAUUCUCUCACUACACUGCGAAUCAAGCUAUAUACCAAGCGUUGGAGGGUGAAGAUCACGUCCACGUCAUCGAUCUCGAUAUCAUGCAAGGACUUCAAUGGCCAGGAUUGUUCCAAAUUCUCUCCUCUCGAUCGAGGAAACUCCGGUCCGUUAAGAUCACCGGCGUCGGAUCCUCUAUGGAGUUGCUGGAAUCCACCGGCCGGAGACUCACCGAGUUCGCUAACUCGUUCGGCUUGCCGUUCGAGUUUAAACCGCUAGAGGGCAAAAUUGGAAAUAUAACAGACCUGAGUCAACUCGGAGUGAAAAUGGGCGAGACUAUAAUAGUCAAUUGGAUGCACCAUUGCCUUUACGAUAUAACGGGGAGCGAUUUAGGAACGUUCAGAUUACUAACUUUGUUACAACCCAAAUUAAUCACGAUAAUUGAACCGGACCUAAGUCACGGGGGAAGUUUUUUGGGCCGAUUCGUUGAGGCAUUGCAUUAUUAUUCGGCUUUGUUUGAUGCGUUAGGGGAUGGAUUGAGUGUGGAGAGUGUAGAAAGGCAUACAGUGGAGCAGCAAUUGUUUGGUUGUGAGAUUAGGAAUAUUGUAGCUGUAGGUGGGCCCAAGAGGACAGGGGAAGUACCAGUAGAGAGGUGGGGUGAUGAGUUGAAACGGAUCGGGUUUUUACCCGUUUCACUAUCGGGUACUCCAGCUGCUCAAGCUAGUUUGUUGCUAGGGAUGUUUCCAAAAGGGUAUACUUUGGUUGAAGAAAAUGGGUGUUUGAAAUUGGGAUGGAAAGAUUUGUCUUUGUUGACUGCUUCUGCAUGGCAACCGUGUGAUUAAGAUGCUUUUUUGAGGUUCAAUUUGAACCGUUGGAUCAUGUGCUAAUGUCAUUGUGCUAUAGAAUUUUGGACAUCCUAAUAAGUGAAUUGCUCUUGUUCACUUUGGUCCUAAUUCUGAGAAGACCAUACUUGUAUUUGUCAUUCUUGAAAAUUAUUCUUUUAAGAAAUAAUUGCAAUAGAUCUGAGAAUUUUUUUGUCCUUUCUUUUGUUUU